AUGUCUGCCUCACCCCCACAACCUACUCAAUCGGCCAAGCGCCCUCUCGAAGAGGCCUCCUCGCCCUCCCGAGCCACCGACCAGCCUGAGGCCAAGCGACCCGCCCUGGACAAGACAUCCAAGAAUGACGAAGAGACGGAAAAGCUGGAUCUCGCACCUGAGCUACCCGUCGAGACUGCAGAGGAGAAUGGCGAAGAAAGCGCCAACGGCGUCGCCGCAACUGAGGACUCGGCCCCUGCAACCGAUGCCGGCACCACUGCCAAGGCCACUCCUACUGUAGCGAUAUCAACGGAGGCUUCAUCUGCUGUGGCUGCUUCGGCUGCCGCUCAUGACGAGAGCUCGUGGAUCCAUAUUCGAGCAGUCAUCUCUAGUCCGGAGGCUGCCACCAUCAUUGGCAAGGGUGGUGAGAACGUAUCUAACAUUCGGAAAAUGUCCAACGCCAAGUGCACCGUCAGCGACUAUCAAAAGGGAGCUGUCGAGCGCAUCUUGACCGUCAGUGGCAUCGUCGAUGCAGUUGCCAAGGCUUUUGGUUUGAUUAUACGAACAUUGAACAAUGAGCCGCUCAACGAGGCAUCUACUGCCUCUUCCAAGACAUAUCCCCUCCGUCUUCUGAUUCCCCAUAUCCUGAUCGGUUCUAUUAUUGGCAAGGGCGGUUCUCGUAUCCGGGAAAUCCAGGAAGCGUCGGGCGCCCGGCUGAAUGCCUCAGACUCGUGCCUCCCCAUGUCGAGCGAGCGCUCCCUCGUUGUGAUGGGCGUUGCCGACGCAGUACACAUUGCCACUUACUAUGUCGGCAGCACUCUGCUUGAGCAGCUCAAUGAGCGAUUCGGUGGACCGGCCGCGUCUGCAUAUGCGACCAGAAGCGGCGCUCCCGUGGGAUCCAUCCCCGGCGGUAUGCAAGUUGUCCCCUACAGCCCACAGCCUGCAUCAGGGCACUACGGACGAGCAGAGAACUACGGCCGGCAUCAAGAGCGCCGGCCUCAUCACAUGCCACCCGCGCCCUACCCCCAACCGUACCCUCACGGUGCUCCUCACGGCACCCCGGCGAUUCCCAUGCAGUACGGAGCGGGCCAGCCUGCCGCCUAUGGAGCGGCCGCGCCUCACGUACAGCCUCACAUGGCACCCCAUACCGGCCCCCAGGCGCACGGAGCCCCCCAGGGCCAGCCCAUGCACGCCGGCAUGCCUGGAGGACCGAUUACCCAGCAAAUCUACAUUCCCAACGACAUGGUCGGCGCCAUCAUCGGCAAGGGAGGCCAGAAGAUCAAUGAGAUACGACAGAUGAGCGGCAGCGUGAUUAAGAUUAACGAGCCCCAGGACAACAGCAACGAGCGGCUAGUAACGAUUACGGGAACGGAGGAGUGCAACCGCAUGGCCCUCUACAUGCUGUACUCUCGACUUGAAUCGGAAAAACACCGAAUUUAA